AUGGAAGCUGUCAAGUUGGUGUCUAGUGAUCCAAGUGAGAGACCAGACACAUAUAGAGUUGCUUACAUAAUUCACUUCUUGCUUGGUGCUGGCAACUUGCUUCCUUGGAAUGCCUUGAUCACUGCAGUUGAUUACUUUGCCUACCUCUACCCAACCAAACACAUAGAAAAGGUGUUCUCUGUGGCUUACAUGAUUUCAUCUGUGAUGGUGCUUCUUGGGAUGAUCAGUUGGGGAGGUUGGAGCAAAACAACAUUGAGGUUGAGAAUGAACUUGGGGUUCUCCAUGUUUGUUAUGUCUCUUAUGGUAGCCCCAGUCAUCGACUGGACCUCGAGCAGCACCAAGCUGAAUGAGAGGCCUAGUGGCGCCUACGGCUUGACAGUUGCAGCGGUGGUGAUAUGUGGUUUAGCAGAUGGCUUGGUGGGUGGAAGCUUGAUAGGAUCAGCUGGAAAGCUCCCAAAACAGUAUAUGCAAGCAGUUUUUGCUGGAACUGCUUCUUCAGGUAUUAUAAUUUCGAUCUUGAGGAUAAUAACCAAGGCAUCACUCCCACAAACCCCCAAGGGACUCAAAAUAAGUGCACACUUGUACUUCAUGGUUGCCACCAUUUUCCUCCUAUGUUGUAUUGUCUUUAGCAACUUGCAGCACAAGUUACCAGUGAUGCAGCAGUAUCAUCAGAGGCUUCAUCAGGAGAGCACCGUAUGCACAGGGACAAAAUUUUGGGCAGUGGCAGGAAAAAUCAAGGGGGCAGCGUUUGGAAUUUUCAUAAUCUACUUAGUGACGCUGUCUAUUUUCCCGGGAUUCAUUGCUGAAGAUCUGGAAUCAAAGCUUCUAAGGGAUUGGUACCCUAUUUUACUGAUCACAGUUUAUAAUUUAGCUGAUCUAAUGGGGAAGUCAUUAACUGCCUUCUAUGUUAUGCAAUCCAUCAGAAAGGCUAUUUGGACUGCCACUACCAGGCUACUAUUCUAUCCACUCUUUGUGGUUUGUCUUCAUGGACCAAAGUGGAUGAAAUCAGAAAUACCCAUGGUGGUUCUAACAUUUCUGCUAGGGUUUAGCAAUGGGUAUCUCACUAGUGUUCUUAUGAUUCUAACCCCCAAGUCAGUGCCCUUGUCAGAAGCAGAGUUAUCGGCUAUUGUGAUGACGGGGUUUCUAGGGUUUGGCUUAGUUGGUGGCUCAGUCCUUGGCUGGUUCUGGAUCUUAUGAAGGCCUGCAUCUGGUGUAAUAAAAUGAACAAAAGGCAAUAGCAUUCAUUGUAAAUCGUGAGGCAAGAAAACCGCAGUUACUUACCUUGCCACGACUAGGUUGUUUAUUUAUUUGUUCUCUGUUGUCGUAAGUGCCAUAUCUAAGGCCAAAGCAUGAGAAACGUGGAGAUUGUUAGAAAAUUUGUAGGUUAGUCAUGUACUGUAAGAAUCCGUAAACUGAAUGGAAGCUAAGAUCUGCGCUAAUAGAAGCGGUAUUUGCAAAGACAGUUUCAUCUUCGGAA